AGGUGGCCUCAAGCAGCCGCCUGGAGUUCAUGGAGAAGGUUGCGCAGCCCAUGCUGGCGCUGGAGGGCGACAAGCUGCCCGUCAGCGUCUUUUCGCCGGAGGGCUUUGUGCCCCCGGGCACUACCAUCAUCGAGAAGCGUGCCAUUGCGGCCCAGGCGCCUGCAUGGAUCUCGGAGAACUGCACGCAGUGCAACAUCUGCUCCUUCGUGUGCCCGCACGCCGCCAUCCGCCCCUCGCUGGCCGCGCCGUCCGAACUGUCGGACGCGCCCGCGACUUUCAACACCAUCGACGCCAAGGGCCCCGGCAUGAAGGGCCUCAAGUACCGCAUCCAGGUGUCGCCGUACGACUGCACGGGCUGCGACCUGUGCACGCACGCAUGCCCGGAC